ACUUCCGGGGGGAGCGAGGCAAACGGGUGUUAGCUGAAAUCUCGUUUUAACCCUCAAUAGACAUUUUAGGUUAUCAGCCAUGGGGAAGUCUUUUGCCAACUUCAUGUGUAAAAAGGAUUUUCACCCUGCGUCGAAGUCGAAUAUCAAAAAGGUAUGGAUAGCCGAGCAGAAACUCACUUUCGAUAAGCGAAAGCAGGAAGACCUGAUGCAGGCAUACCUGAAAGAGCAGGACACCUACAACAACAGGGUGUUGAUGGGGGAUGAUCGUGUUAAAAAUGGCCUCAAUUUCAUGUAUGAGGCUCCACCAGGAGCGUCAAAAGAGGAGAAGGCAGAGGAGGGAGAAGAGGAGUACAAGUUUGAAUGGCAGAAGGGAGCUCCUAGAGAGAAAUAUGCUAAAGAUGACAUGAAUAUCAGAGACCAGCCUUUUGGAAUUCAGGUGCGUAAUGUGCGCUGCAUCAAAUGCCACAAAUGGGGUCACGUGAACACGGAUAGAGAAUGCCCUCUGUUUGGACUGUCAGGCAUCAACGCCAGCUCUGUGGGUUCAGAGGAGACGCCAGGUCCCUCCAUGCACCCCUCCGAGCUAAUGGCUGAGAUGCGUAACAGUGGCUUUGCCCUGAAGAAAUGUGUCCUUGAUCGGAGCGCAACCGUUUGUGAUACAGCACAGGAAUAUGUUGCGAGUGACCAAGAAGGAGAUCCUGAGGUGGAAUUUUUGAAAUCUUUAACAACAAAGCAGAAACAGAAGCUCCUCAGGAAACUCGAUCGUCUGGAAAAGCAGAACUCCAAGAAAAAAAAGAGUAAAAAGGAGAAGAAGAAGAGGAGCAAAAGGAAGCACAAGAAAAAGCAUGAGAGCAAUGACAGCUCAAGCAACAGCAGCGACUCAUCCAGUAGCUCCAGCGACUCCGACGGCAACUUCAAGAGCCACAAGCGACAGAAGAGCAAGAAGAAGGCGUCCUGCCGGGAUAACAGCGCCGAGAGGCCAGAUCAGAGCCGCCAGAAGUCCUCGGCGAGCCCUCGCGCCAGAGAAUAUCGACAAACGUGGACGGAGAGAGGAAGGAGCCCGGGGGAGGAAUGGAGGAAGAAAAAGGAGAUGGCAGAGGGUGGUCGAGAACGAAAACGAGAGCGGAGCCGCAGCGGCGAGAGGGCCAGAGAGCGACACCUCAGAGGAGAUGCUGAGAGGAAGAGAAAGGAAAGGGCGGCGGGUGACAGGAGUCGAAGCAGAGACAGAAGCAGGAGCAGUAGAAAACGCUGAGGGCUGCUUAUACCACGCUGGAUGGACAUUUUUCUUCGACAGGGCUUAAGAAGCAUGCAUUUCCUUUUCCUACCAGUAGAGAGAAGCAGUGGAUAAAAUAUCAACAUCCGCUUCACUUUACUGCUGUCAAUAUUAUACACAGUUAGCAUGGUGAGACGGCCUCGAGAAAGUGAGACGGCUUCUGUGGGUUACUGCAGGGUUUUUUUUGUUUUUGUUUUGUUUUUACAAUAUAAUCCGUCAUGUUUUAGACAGCUUUUGAGUCAUAUAAUUGAAGAAAACAAACAAAACUUUUAAUUUACAAGUCAUUGUGUUGCCUGUGUUAAAUGAAUAGCGUUCGUUGUGAUUGGACAGAGUGCAAUGUUCUCGUUAUUAAAUAAAUCAUGUUUGAAUAUCUA